CCUCCCCCACCCGAAAAUCCAGGCCAAUCCCAUCCUGAGGAAUUACAGCCCGUCUUGUCUCCGUCUGUCUGUGAUCGGAGCGUGCAUGCGCAGUGCGCGGGUCCAUCGUCUGACCGGAGCGGAGGAGCGGAGCGCGGAUCCGAGCAGGGGAGAGGCUGCACCGUCACCUCGAUCAUCGGGACGAGGGAGGGGGCACGAAGACGCGAGCGCUGGCUGGAGCCCCCGGAGCGCGGCGUCACCUGCUCCACCGCGCCACAGACAGAUACACAGACAGACAGACAAGCAGACAGACAGGCAGCAACAGUUGUCACGAUGUCUGGGAUCAGAUGAGGGGGGAGCGCUGGCGUGAACACUGCGGCGCUGCUGUCGUUCCGGCCGGCCGGGGUGAUCGUGUUGGCGGCUGGGUCCCGCCUGCAAUGGUACCGUCCUAAUCAGGCGGCAGCGGGGGGAGCGGUGCGCAUCUGUGAUUUCUGCGGGGGGGAGGAUCCAGGGCCGGCUCAUGAUCCGCGCAGCAGGGACUCGGACUGUUGCGUCUGCAGAGAGCUGACGAGCCUGCCCACGCGCACGGACACACGCAGGCAGGCAGGCCGAAGCGCAGCGCGGGAGGGGGGCGAACGCCUGCUCGGGCUCCGUGGGAUUUGCAGCCGGAACCCCCACGCGCUCGCGUCCCGCUUUGGAUGGGGGGAAAGCAAAGCACGGCAGGGCGGCCGCGGGGGGCUUUUCCCGGCGUGUCUUCGGAUGACAGCGCGGUGCCGCCCUCGGCCCACUUCGGCCACUACCGGCCGAGCGGCACCAUGGGCCUGCGCAGCCGCUCGGUGAGCUCCGUGGCCGGGAUGGGCAUCGACCACAGCCCCGCCGUGCCCUUCGGCUUCUACACCCCCAGAGGGACGGACUCGGACCGAGCCGGAGGGGGGUCGGCGGGGACGACCGCGGCCCCCCACGGCACCGGCUACCAGGACUCUGGGGGCGGGGGGCACCACACGGACGGGGUGCUGUAUCUGGGGUCCCGGGGGUCGCUGGCUGACACCUUGCCCCUGCACAUCGCCCCCCGCUGGUUCAGCGCGCACAGCGGAUUCAAGUGCCCUGUUUGCUCCAAGUCUGUGGCGUCCAAUGAGAUGGAGGUUCACUUCAUCAUGUGCUUAAGCAAGCCCCGCCUCUCCUACAAUGAUGAUGUGUUGGCGAGGGAUGCCGGGGAGUGUGUGAUCUGUCUAGAGGAACUGCAGCAAGGGGACACCAUAGCCAGACUGCCGUGCCUCUGCAUCUACCACAAAAGCUGUAUAGACUCCUGGUUUGAGAUCAAUCGCUCCUGCCCGGAACAUCCGUCUGACUGACCGAUCAGCGAUCUGUUCAAGGACGUGCUGUGAUCCUUCCAUGGAUUUCUGGACACUAAUGCAACUGAACUGGAUGAAACAAUCAGAGCGAUCAUCACAUAUUAGUCCUGACUGAAUCCAUCUCUGCAGAUAAUCACUCCUGAACAGAACCAAAAGAAAAAAAAGAGUGAAGCCAUUGAACAUCAACGAGGCUCUGCUGAGCUCUUCAUCCUCCAUCUGCUGGUGAUGACUUCUACCUCCUGGCCUCUCACUACCUUAACGGUGGCCAGCUGACCCCCCCUGGCUCGCUCAGGUCCCAGCAGGCCUCCUGUUUUGUCUGUGGAUGCAGGCCUGUCUCUCACCUGUGUCCAGCCCCCCCCCAUGGCCUUAACUGGGGAGUGGAGAGGACAGAAGAGGAGGGUUCAGGGGAGAAGAGGAACCCAGCAAACGGAUGAGGAGCUUCACUGAGAGACACUUGUAUGUGAUUGUGACCCAGCAGGAGACGGGUCUGUCAUGACCCGCCUGCUCCACGUGUGCUCUGCCAUCGCUCCUGCCUCAGUUCUGCCCCCCCCACCAACAGUUUGACCAAAACGCUAUCAAACAUGCCCACACGGCUUUGUAGAUGUGACGUGUGCAAACCUGAGAAGGACAGAGACACAGACUGAGCAUGCUCAGUCCUGGCAGAGGAGGCAGGGAGAGAGAGCCCUGUAGUUUAUGCUCUCACUGUGUAGUGUGUGUGUGUGUGUGUGUGUGUGCAUCGCAAAAAAGCUUGUGCUGAAGCUUGAGAAGAAUGUGUGUUUUGUGGUGGGGGUGUGGUGAGGUCAUUGUAAAGACGAGAACUGUGUGUGAGUGUGCGUUAAAAUGUUUACACUCUAGAUGUCCAUUAUCCCUGUGGGUGUGUGUGUGUGUGUGUGUGUGUGUGCGUGUGUUGUGUUCGUCAGGCAGUCCUCCCUUUACUUUGCUGAUGUUUACAGAGAAGCAACAUGUCAUCUUGUAAAUUUCAUGUUUGACCUCUUGGUUCUCUCUCAGA